AAAGAAAAAAAAAAAGGAGAAAAGAGUGAAGGAGCGAAGAUCGCUUUUUUCGGAGUUCACCUGUUAUUAUCAAGUCAUUUUUGAUGCAAGUGUGUCGCAGUAACGGUCCUGCAUCAGUCCUCGCGAUGACAGAUGACAGCAGCAACGUGUGGGGUAUUAGAGAACAUGUGGACCACGUUUGGAAACCAACGACCGAAUAUGCUGAUCGGGGCACGCAUUUUGCUUUCUGGUAUCAAAUGUACACGUCAUGGUUUAAAAAUAGCCGAUUUCACUGCUUUGUAAUACAUCACGCAAUGCAUUUUAUAUCGGCGCACGAUGUUUGA